GUUUCUUAUUGGCCCAGUCACGCCAUGCAGUGCGUAUAAGUGCCAUUCAGAGAGAUCGGGCUUUCAUUCUAAUUUCUCGAAGCUUGUGGCCUUUGGGAAGCCUUCACGGAUUGGAAAGAUUUGCUUUCAAGACAAUCGACAAUCAUGAAAGUGAAAUCCGAAUCCUCGGUCGAUCAGAAGAAACCAGUUACAACUGCAGCUACGAAGAUUGCAAUUAGUGAUGAUGAUGAGGAUGAUGAUGAUACCAAGGUUGUUGAGCUGGAGGAGAAGACGAAGAAACAAAGCCGGCCGAAGAAAUCGAUGAAGAAUCUGGUCCUUAAAUCCAAAGGAAAGAGCAAGAGAAAGAGCGAUAAUAGCACUCAGUCUACUGCCAAUACGGACGGUGUCAAGAAGAGGAGGAAACCGAAGAAGUCUGUUGAGAGUUACCGGAUUUACAUCUACAAAGUUCUGAAGCAGGUCCAUCCGGAAUUUGGAAUCUCCUCCAAGGCCAUGAGUAUUAUGAACUCUUUCUUGAAUGAUAUAUUUGAAAGACUUGCUUCGGAGGCAGUCAGAUUGUCACGAUACAGCAAGAAACCCACGGUCGCUUCACGUGAGAUUCAAACUGCAGUUCGACUCACCUUUCCUGGUGAGUUGGCGAAGCAUGCAAUUGCAGAAGGUACCAAAGCUGUGGGGAAAUUCACUACUUUGAUUAAAUCUUCUUGACAGUGUGACAAUAGUUUCUUGGAGUUGGGAUUCAAACUGCAGUUCGACUCACCUUUCCCGGUGAGCUGGCCAAGCAUGCAGUUGCAGAAGGUACCAAAGCUGUGGGGAAAUUCACUACUUUGAUUAAAUCUUCUUGACAGUGUCACAAUAGUUUCUUGGAGUUGGGAUUCAAACUGCAGUUCGACUCACCUUUCCCGGGGAGCUGGCCAAGCAUGCAGUUGCAGAAGGUACCAAAGCUGUGGGGAAAUUCACUACUUUGAUUAAAUCUUCUUGACAGUGUCACAAUAGUUUCUUGGAGCUCAUGUUUGCGAGCUGCCAAAUUGUGGACUUCAACGAGAGACUGGAGCUCGAUAACGCCAUAAAGUAGUCUUCUAAAUCUUCUAUACAUUUUGGUAUGACAGAUAAGAUGAGAGUAGAGUGCUGUUUCCAGGAAGGGGAAACAACAUCAAAUCUUGUAUGUAAUAAAACUAGAUGCGUCAGGUGGAUGUCAAUGGCAUAGUGAAUCAAAUCGAUGCAUAGUCUUGAAAAUCUGGCAUAAACCUCGUCAAUGGAGUCUGCGAUUUAAUAAUAUUCCGGUGUGUCUUCUUUACAACAAGUUCAGAAUUUGUGGCAAUCAUGAAUUUGUAUCAAGCUAUGAUGAACUGAAGGGAAGAGUAACAAGUCUCUCUGAUGUUUCAUUCAGAAGUGAUACACUCAUCCCUUCACGGCUUUGGAUACAGUUGAUACAUUAUCACUGCUUCAUGGAGGGAGAGAAUCGAUGUGCAGAUCUUGUUUUUUUAGUUCCAUGGCUAAAUGAAAGGAAUGAAAAUAUCG